CUCUGGGCAGGAGGGAGGCUGGGCCAGAGGGGCCUCUGGCUUGCAUGAAACACCAGGCAAAGCCAGUGCCUCCCUGCCCGCCCCACUUUCUGGCUUCCCCAAGCUCUUGGCCAUGGCUGUCAAAAGCUCCUCCCUGGCGUGGUCCUUCCUGGCCGUGGUCUUCAUGAUCGCAGGGGCCGCUGCUGUCCAGAGCGCCUGCGGACAUCACCACCGCUACCGCAAGCCACGAGCCGACACCUACGAGUGGCAGGGCUACUUUGUGGCCCUGACCAUCCUCCUGGGCAGCGGCUGCGGCCUGGCCUGGUGCAUCCUCAUUGUCACCUACAACAUGGGCCAAAGGGGAGGCCAGGAGUUGCCACAGAUCCCCUCUGCAGGUGAACAGAUGCCCGCAGCCAUGGUGAGCCUCGGGGAGCUGGUGGGGCGGGAAGGAGGCAGGUUGCCAGUGUGAGAAGGAAGCGGAAGGGAGCCCCUUCUGUUGCAGGAGGCCAGGUGGUCACUUCUGCAGACCUCCAGAGGUUGCUGGACACAAGAACAGCCCGUAGGUAGCUCAGGCCAAAGCGAGGGGCCUGUGCAGUCCAGCACCCAGUUCUCACAGUGGCCAAAUUCCCCAUGGAACCUAGCAAUUCAGAUAGACUGCCUCUGUGCCUGGAAGUUCCAUAACAACCUAAGCUAAGCCUCCCAGCUGGAUCAGGCCUAAGGGGGACCAACUGGUCCAGCAUCCUGUUCUCACAGUGGCCAACCAGAUGCCCCAGUGCAGACCCAAAAGCAGGACCCAAACGCAAGGGCACUCUCCCCGCCUGCCGUUCCCAGCAUCUGGUAUUAUUCAUACUGACUCUGACAGUGGCGGUUCCACACAGCCUUCUCCUCAAUGAACUUGCUCAAUCCUCUUUGAAGGUGGCCAUUGCUGCAUCUUGUGGCAAUGAGUUCCAAAGUCUAUGCACUGUGUGAAGAAGGACUUUGUUUCGUCUGUCCUGAAUAUUCCAACAUUCAGCUUCACUGGGUGGCCCUGAGUUCAAGGAUUAUGAGGGCGGGAUAAAAACUUUCUCCUUAUCACCUUACACCAGGCAUAUUUUUACACACCUCUGCCAUCUCAUCCUCCUCCCUCUUUCUCUCCUUUUCUCUAAAUUCAAAAGACCCAAAUGUUGUAGCCUUUCCUGGUAGGGGAAUUGCUCCACCGCCUUGACAGUUUUGGGUGUUCCUUUCUGACCAUCUUCUACGAUAUCCCAUUGGAUCAGAUACAAAUGGUAUAAUGACCAUUGGCAGGUGUGUCUAAAGACAGGGCCAGCCCAAUAAAUGAUGCCGCCUGAGUCCAAGGACAAGAUGGCUGCCGCCACCCUCUUCCAGGAACAAAAGCUGACCAGGCUGGCCACUGAACGUUGAUUCCUCCACUGCACCAGAGGGCAGGAGACCAUGGCCACGUUCACACCUGACAUAUAAAGAGCUAUCACUUUAACAGUCCCAGCUUCCCCCGUAGCAUUCUGGGAGCUGUAGUUUGUAAAGGUGCUGAGAGUUGCUAGGAGACCCCUAUUCCCCUCUCAGAGCAGCUACAAUUCCCAGAGUUCCCUGUGAAGAGGGAAUGGUUGUUAAAAUCAUUAUGGGAACUGUAGCUCCGUGAGGAGAACCGGGGGCCUCCUAACAACUCUCAGCACACCUCACAAACUACAGUUCCCAUGAUUCUUUGUUACCACUAUUUAAAGUGGUAACACAGUGAGUGCUUUUAAUGUGUGGUGUGGCCUUGCUUAGCGGGUUCAGAACAGGCAUACACAGCUCUGCCCAUUUUCUGCCCCUCAGUAUGUACCGCCUGAGGCAGCAGUCUCACUCUGCCUCAUGGCUGAGCUGGGCCUGUGCAUUAGGAUUGGGUGGGGUUGUAAGUUGCCCUGAGGUCAGAGGGAAAUUAAAUGAAGCGACUGCAGAUAGCGGCAAUUCAGGAGAGAAUGUUUUAAUUGUAAUUUGGCCAUUAUAUGGCGGCACCUCCCUUUGAAAGUGUCCAAAUAUGGCUGCCUUAAAAUAAAUAGUUGAGUAUCUUUGUAGGUUAAAAGGUCCUCCUACUAUCUUCUCAAUAGUGCCAUUUCUGAUUUUGAAUUUGGGUCAGGCAGAGGGAUCGGUUAGGCAGAGAGAAUCCUGUGUCUUGGAUGAACAAGGGAGGUGGGGAAAGGAUGGGUAGUUAGGAAUACUUUUGUUGAAGAGGGGGUCCUGAGGAGGGAGGCUUUUACCAUCAAGGCUGCACUGAUCUUGCCAUAUUUGCAGGCAAGAUAGGAGUCAGGGGCUAGGAAUGGAAACCAGAGGGGCCUGACCUUGCAAGGCCCUGAAAUGUGACCUCUUUUCUGCUUUGGACAGGGCCACCAAGACAAACUGACACUGAGCCCAGGGAUGAACCGUGAAAGGUCCGUCAGCUUUGCGACCCUGCCUGGGCUGAAGAGCCAAGUCACAAACGAGGAGGACCAGCCUUGGCUGAAGCGACAAGUCUCAAAGGAGGAGUUUCGGACGAAGUCCCAGUUGGACACAAGCAUAGGAAGUCGGACGCCGUCCCAACUGAACUUAAACCAGGGGGUUCGGGCCCCAUCCCAGAUGAACGCAAGCGAGGCAGUUAGCACCCUGUCACAGAUGAACACAAAUGAGGGGGUACGGACCCUGUUCCAGAUGAACGAGGCAAAUAGGGUUCCAGCCCAGAUGAACAUGACUGAGGGGAUGAGGGCCCAAUCCCAGGUGGAUGAAAUGAUUGGGAACCCCUCCCAGAGGAAUGUGAACGAGGUAAUUUGGACCCCCUCCCAGAGGAACAUGAACGAGGUGAACAGGGCCGCCUCCCAGAUGAACACGAAUGAGGCAAUUUGGACCCCAUCCCAGAUGAACACGAACAAGGUGAUUUGGACUUCCUCCCAGAUGAAAGCAAAUGAAGCAGUUUGGACCCCCUCCCAGAGGAACAUAAAUGAGUUGAAAAGGGCCCCAUCCCAGAUGAACAUGAAGGAAGCGAUUUGGACCCCCUCUCAGAACGAGGUGACUAGGACCCCAACCCAGAAUAACAUAAACAAGCUAAAAAGAGCCCCAACGCAGCUGAACAUAAAUGAAACGGUUGGGACCCCAUCCCUUCCACCUCAGCAGGAAGGCCAGUCCUCCAGGCCCGAAGAGCAAGGCGGUGGCACUCUGUGGAACUUCAUGGAGCAGGAGCUGGAAAGGCUUCUGAGCGCCCUACGCCUCCACCGGACCCCCACGCCAACCCUCGCGGCUGAGGAGACGCCGGCCCCCUUGGCCAACGAUACUCCGAGCGCCCCAGCUGAGGAGGUGCCGAAACCCCCGGCUGAGGAGGUGCUGGGCCUCGACCAGACUGAGGACAAGGAGACCUUGAUGCACCUCAUCAUCUGUGAAGUCCCCCAAGACAGAGGAGCCACCAGGGGUCGGGGGCGCAAGAGGAAAGCGAGCAGAGGACGCAAAUAAAGUGCAGAGAAAGAGAGAGGGUGGCAG